AUGAAGCUGUUUCUCCUUUCUACCGUAGCUCUCUUUGUGUCCGUUUAUGCUAUUGGAUUCACGGGAAAUGGUGGAGGUGGUAAUGGUGGUAAUGGUGGGACACCGGAAUGUCCAUUUGCAUACAAAUUAUUCAAACGACCGAAUGGACGAUACUGGUGUAUGAAGUAUUUCCCCGGAAACGAGACCUUCUUUGGAGCCGAGAAGAUUUGCAGAUGUCAGGGUGGUGCUUCGUUGUCUGGAAUCGAAAACUACAAAGAGUUGUCGUAUGUUCUUGGAGAAAGUGAAAAAUCAUUCGAGAGCAUCGGAAUCAAGACCGGAGGAGUUUGGGUGGGAGCCUACCGUAGAAAGGAUUGUCGUGUUGAGAAUAUGGCAACGAAACCAGAGUGUACCAAAGAGUAUCAAUACCAGUGGACUGACCGUAAUACAAUGGGAAAUGAUAUGUGGAAGACUAGAUGGACUGAGGGUGCACCACACAACAACAAAGUCGGAACCCAUCAAGAGUUCUGUGUUCAAUUGCAAGUCAGCAUCGACCCAGCUAUUCUCAACAAGAAUCUCACUGGAUUCUUCGAUAACCGAGUAUGCGUUCACCCAGAUGGAGAGACUCAAUUCCCAACAGAAGGAUUCGUUUGUGGAAGACCUCCAAAGUUCACGGGUGAUUCUUAUUAUGGCGCCGGCGGCGGAAACGGAGUCGGCGGCGGAGUGAUCAUUAUUGGAGCAGGAAAGCCAACCAAGAAACCUUAA